CCUUCACUCUGCACUCCCUUAACUCCUAGUAUGUCUUUUUAACGUAACUUUCCUUGAAAUUACGACUCCUUUAAUAACUUUCUCAACCACAUCUAUUCAAUCCAUAAACUCACCUUAGCUUUAUUUAUUCUCUUCUCCAUCCCCGUGUCCCAAAGGAAUAUCUCUCUCUCAUCCUUUUUCCCUUUUUCCUCUCUCACCCACUCCCUCACUCCACCGUUUUCCCUACUACUCCUUUCAACGUCAAUGCUACCCCCAAUAAUCUAACAACAUGACUGCGCCACCAUCCAAGUACACUCACCACUCCAAACUACUCAUUCCCUCCGAAGAAGACCCUCCCAAACACCCCUAUCCCAGACUCGUCAGAAUAACCGUCACAGACACCGAGGCCACAGACUCCUCCAGCGACGAAGAACAGCAUACUUCCACGCGCCACCGACACAGAAAGUUCGUCAACGAGAUUUCUAUCGAGUCGUCGUGCGCCAGCGAGAACGACGGCGCCGCUUCGAGGAAGAGAAUUCGAAGAAGAAGCACCGCUACGCCCAAAGGCAGAGCUUCAGACACUCGGCUCGUGUCCAACGGCAAGAAAUUCCGCGGAGUGAGACAGCGGCCUUGGGGAAAAUGGGCGGCGGAGAUACGAGACCCGUCUCGACGCGUUCGUUUAUGGUUGGGUACCUACGACACUGCUGAGGAAGCUGCUUUGGUGUACGACAACGCGGCCAUUAGGCUGCGUGGACCCCACGCGCUCACCAAUUUCAUAACACCGCCUGCCACGUGUCACAACACAGACCCUCCGCCGGUGGCGAACGGUUACGGUUACGCUUCCGGUGAGGAAACUAAUGACAACAACAAUAACCUGUUUUCUCCCACUUCCGUGCUUCACAGUUGUUCCUUGUCCGAGGAAGCUGAGUCCGUAAGGGGAAAAGACGAUGAGUACUCCUCCGUGUCGAUGAGUAGGGUCAAGGCUGAGUCACCAUUUCCGGUUCCGAGCGAAAUAGAAUUUGACUUUCGAGGUAUUUCGCCGGUGCCUGAGAGUGUGUUGUUCUACGAUGAUGAUUGGUCUAGUGAGUUUCUCACUGCUUGUGAGGAUUUUGGUUUCAACAGAAAUCGUGACUUUUUCCAAGAUAUCGACGAUUUGUUUGUUUCGGAUCCCCUCCUUGCUCUCUGAUUUCUUCACUUCUUUCUAUAACACAGUUUUCUGGUCGUUGUGUUGCCUCCAGAAUCGGCAAAUUUUGUAUCGGCGGGAACUAAAUAGUAGUAUAGUAAACACUAAUCGUUUUUUUAUUGUGUGAUGUUUUUUUUGGUUCUGGUCGUUUUUGUAAGAGUUGUAACAGUGAUGUAGUAAUUGUGUUCAAUCCUUGAACGGUUGAGGCUUUGCAUUUUAUUAUAUUAAUUAUUUUUAACUAUUA